ACAGUUUGUUGAGCCGUGGAGGAGCUGAGUUCUCCGGUGUUCGGUCAUCAUGUCCUCAGCGGAUGGCAGUAAUGGCCCAAGCCAACCUGCACCUUUCCCAGGUGUCCCUCCUGCAGCAAUGCCUCCACCAUUUAUGGGACCUCCUGGAAUGCCCCCUCAUUUCCCCCCAAUGGGGAUGCCCCCAAACAUGGCUCCCAUGCCCCCUGGAAUGAUGCCACCCAUGAUGCCCCCGAUGGGAGGGCCACCUAUGGGACAGAUGCCAGGCAUGAUGCCACCGAUGAUGCCAGGAAUGAUGAUGCCACCCCGUAUGCCAGCUGCAGCAAUGCAGCCAACAGGGCCGCCUGGUGUAAGCCCUGUAGACACUGCUGCUUCAACUACAUCUGGGACAUUGACAACCAAUCCUGCCAUCGCUGCCGCUCAGCCAGGCAUGACGGCCAGCCCGAAGGACGACCAGCCCAAGAAGAAGUCUGUGUGGACUGAACACAAGUCGGUUGAUGGGAAGACUUACUACUACAACACAGAAACCAAGCAGUCCACUUGGGAGAAGCCAGAUGACUUGAAGUCUCCAGCAGAGCAACUGUUGUCAAAGUGUCCCUGGAAAGAGUAUAAAUCGGACACAGGAAAGCCUUACUAUUAUAACUCUCAAACUAAAGAGUCACGUUGGACCAAACCCAAAGAACUGGAGGAUUUAGAAGUUAUGAUAAACAGCGAAGGAAAUGUGACAUCCGAGCCUGCUGCCAGUACCCUUGCAACAUCAACUCCCCAAUCAGACACCACCGCUGCCGUGGCAACCGCUGCUACCGUGACAACUGUAGCAGAGACAGAGGCAGUAGUUGUGCCCACUGUAGUAGAGGAGCAGACGGCCCCGGUGGUGGCAGUGGCAGCCGCAGCAGUAUCGCAGGUGACUGAGGUCAGCGUUGACACCCCUGUCAGCACCGCAGAGGCCACGCCCAUGGUUGAGACCCCAGUCAGCAAUGAUGUCCCAAAGGAGGAGGAGAGGCCAGAGCUUGUAAAGAAGGUCUACAAGUGGAACACCAAGGAGGAAGCCAAGCAGGCUUUCAAGGAGCUUCUGAAGGAAAAGGGAGUUUCAUCUACGGCAUCCUGGGAACAAGCUAUGAAAAUGAUCAUUAAUGACCCUCGCUACAGUGCUCUGCCUAAACUGAGUGAGAAGAAACAGGCAUUCAAUGCAUACAAGGUCCAGACAGAGAAAGAGGAAAAGGAAGAGGCCAGGAUUAAGUAUAAGGAGUCAAAGGAGACCUUUCAGCGCUUCCUGGAAAAUCAUGAAAAGAUGACAUCCACAACUAGAUACAAGAAAGCGGAGCAAAUGUUUGGAGAGCUGGAGGUUUGGACAACUGUUCCAGAGCGUGAUCGACUGGAGAUCUACGAGGAUGUUCUCUUUUACUUGGCCAAAAAGGAGAAGGAACAAGCAAAGCAUUUGAGGAAGCGUAACUGGGAAGCACUGAAGAACAUUCUGGACAAUAUGGCUAAUGUUACAUAUCGGACCACGUGGUCUGAAGCCCAGCAAUAUCUACUGGACAAUCCCACUUUUGCUGAGGAUGAGGAAUUGCAAAACAUGGAUAAGGAGGAUGCCCUGAUUUGCUUUGAGGAGCACAUCCGUGCCCUGGAGAAGGAGGAGGAGGAGGAGAAGCAAAAGUCCCUGCUGCGAGAGAGGCGGCGUCAACGCAAGAAUAGAGAGGCCUUCCAGAAAUUCCUGGAUGAGCUCCAUGACCAUGGACAACUACACUCCAUGUCCUCCUGGAUGGAGAUGUACCCAACCAUCAGCUCCGACAUCCGCUUCUCCAAUAUGCUUGGCCAGAUUGGCUCUACUCCACUUGAUCUUUUCAAAUUCUACGUGGAGGAUCUCAAGGCACGCUAUCAUGAUGAGAAGAGAAUCAUCAAGGACAUCCUUAAGGACAAAGGAUUCAAUGUAGAGGUCAACACAGGCUUUGAGGACUUUGGUUCUGUCAUCAGCUCUGAUAAAAGGGCAACAACUCUUGACGCUGGAAACAUCAAGCUGGCUUUUAACAGCUUACUGGAGAAAGCAGAGGCACGGGAAAGAGAGCGGGAGAAGGAGGAGGCUAGGAAGAUGAAGAGGAAGGAAGCAGCCUUCAAGAGCAUGCUAAAACAGGCUACCCCACCACUUGAGCCCAACUCCACAUGGGAGGGUGUUAGAGAGAGAUUCCUGAAGGAACCAGCAUUUGAAGACAUCACUCUAGAGUCUGAAAGAAAGAGGAUAUUCAAAGAUUUUAUUCAUGUCUUAGAGCAUGAAUGUCAACAUCAUCACUCAAAGAACAAGAAACAUUCCAAGAAGUCAAAAAAACAUCACAGGAAGCGUUCCCGCUCUCGCUCAGGAUCAGAGUCUGAGGAUGAUGACUACCACUCAAAGAAAAAGAAACGUUCACCUUCAAAGUCUCCCUCUGAGAGAUCCUCCAGUGGUGAAUCUGAGCGAAGUUCCAAGAAAUCAAAAAAGCAUAAGAAGAAGGGAAAGAAAAGGCGUCACAAAUCUGGCUCCCCAGAGUCUGAGGGAGAGAGAGAUAGGAAAGGACGGGAAAGAGGCCGCGAACGAGAGCGGGAGCGAGAGAAGGAACGGGACAGGGAAAGGGACAAGGAGAAUGACAAGUCCCGUGGAAAACCUCGAUCAGACCCAAAGCCCAAGUCCCCGAAAAGAAAAUCAGCCAAGGAGGAGGGGGGCUGGGACACUUCAGGCAGUGAGCUCAGUGAAGGAGAACUGGAGAAGAGGAGGAGGACUCUUCUGGAGCAGCUUGAUGCACCUUGAUGCUCCUCUGGUCUGUUCACACUGAAACACGUGCAUUCCUUCUGCAAAUUCGAAUAGAGUAAGGCUCGUAGCACAUAAUUCAGUCCACCAUUUUAGUCCUGCUCCAGUGACAGACCAAUUGUGCAGCUUCUGGUACCUGUUCGUAUCAGCUCGGGCUCUGUCUGUGAAAUGCCCAUCAAAACCCACACUGUACUGUAUUCAGCUGCCUUUAAUUUCUGAACAAUUUAGCUUUUACCAGGAGCUGUAUAUAUUUUGAUUGGGAGUUGUUCAUUCAAUUCAUUAAAGGCAUACAGUAUAUGGGGAUGACCUUUCCACAUCCUGCCAACCCAAGGUACAUUUUUUGUUUUGGAAUAUUUCAUUCACAAUUAGUCAGUUGUACUUCAGAAAUUGGUUUUUACUUAAAUGUAGUUUUUUUUUAAACUAAGUUCCUAUUGUUGAAGGCCUCAUUGUCUGAGAGGUGCCAGAUAUGGUCUUGUUUCAAAGUGAUUAAAGUGCUCACAAAAGCACAUUUGCAAUGUUUCUUAUGAAUGAAACCUGGCUGUAAAAGGUCUCAUUUUAAAACUAUGCUGCAGGCUUCCUCAGCAAUAAAUAGCUAACAGCAGAAACAAGUUAUUUCAAAGCUCAGGUGCUGUGUUUACAAAUCUUUCCUCUAGAGAGUAGAGUAAAGCAGAAAGUACAGGUGUGGUGGGAAGAUGCUUUCAAGACAAACUGUUGCCAGCAUAGUGUAAAUAGGUUUAUUUAAACAUAGCCAUUGAGAAAUCAGAUUCAGCUCAAAUUAAAGUACAUUGCAAACAAGUAUGUAUUGUCUAAAAUACAUUUUGGGAAAACCAUGCCAGUUAAUGUUGAGUCUAUAGGGAGUAAAACUGCUUUGAACGGUUCAGUUGUACAGUCUUAAUUAAAGGGAAAAAGAUGUACAUGCUGUAAAAAUGAAUAUUUUACAGUCAGACUAGUGAAAGCAUUACUGAAAAGCAGUGGUCUAAGUGUAAGGGUGUCACUACAUGUAAUGCUGUAUGUGCAGCUUCCCUUCAUUCCCUCGUCAGCUACUGCAGUUUGACCGGCCCUUUGAGCAGCUGCCCUUCUCUAAACUGAUUUAAAGAUGGAAACACAUUGGAAGUAACAGAACAGCUAAACCAGCAGACAUACAAGGUGCACAAAAAUUAGUUGGACACCCUGGAGCUAAAGCCCUUUUACUGUCAAAGCAGGGCAAUAAGGGCCUCGCUAUUGUGUGCCAGAUUCUGGUUCUUAACAAAAAAAAAAAAGGCAUAAAAUGGGGGGGGGGGGACUAUAAGUUAAAA